AUUGCAGGGUGAUUGCAUUUUGUGUUUUAUGAUGACAACCAUGAAAUCAACGUAAAAACUACAAUAUUACCCAUUUUCAAUGAAUUUAGAUAUUGUUUUCAUUACAAUAUUGAGGGAAUAUAAAUUUAACUCUGCCAUUAAUUUCUUUGAGUUACAUACUUGGAAGACUUGACGAGCGGAAACUUUGAAGCAUUUUGUAGACAAAUAUGGUCAUCAAACGCGUCAUAUAUGUCUACAAUUUUCAUAACUGGUUUGUUUGUUGUGAAAUUUUUGUCAAGUUGGUAUAUCAAUAGGGCCUUGGUCAAGUUACUGAAGUGCUGGGUGAGCACUGAGCUGAUAAUUGAUUAAAGGUUGUGGUGAUGUUCGAGAUCUGGCCGACUCUGCCCCACCAGUCUGUCGUUCUCAGCCCGUGAACCCUGCCUCGUAGACAUGCCGUGCCUCCGUCGGCGGCCGACCCCGCCGCCCGUCGCCACGCCCGUCCGGCGGCCGCGAGUUCGCCGAGAGCCGCAGCCAACUCCCGCAACACCGACGCCCGGCCUGCCAGUGGUUGUGUGCAGUCCCGUGCCGCCGCCCCGGCUGAGGCCCAACCUGUUCAUAACGCCCAACCGGCGGAGGGCGAGACAGAGCCAGAAGACCACGCCGAAACCACUGGCCAAGCCGAAACCCACGCCGAAACCCACGCCGAGCAAAGCUGGUGUGGUGGCUGGCAAUUCAUUGCCUAAGUCGAAGCUCACUCCGAGAAAAGCUGUUGAAGCGGCCAGCAAUUCACCGGCUAAGCCCAAGCCGUCGCCGAGCAAAGCUGGCGUGGUGACCGGCAGUGGCAGUGCGGCCGAGAAAAGUCGGACCGGAAAGAAGCGGGUUCUGGCCUCAGAUACGGCCCCUGCCGUUGAAGCCAGUGUGGACACACCGGUGGGCAAAAGUGAGCCGGAGCCUGUCGUGCAGACCGCCGACGCCAAGCCUGGUCGGGCUGGUAUCAGCGGGGAGAAGAGAGCUGAAUCUCAGCCGCCCGCGCCGCUGGCCUCCGCCACUGCGCCACAGACAAAGACGGCAAGUGGCACUCGUGGCAAGAGGCAGUCUGCAAGCGCACCUGCCAAAACAACUACAGAAGAUGCAAAGACGCCGAACAGUAAGAAGCAACAGGCGAACACCUCGACCAGAGCCACUACAGCUAAUGCAAAGACGCGGAAUGGCAAGAAGGAACAGGAAAACGCGUCUUCCGAAGCAGCAACAGCAGAUGCAAAGGCGUCAAGGGGCAAGAAGAAACAGGAAAACGGCUCUACCAGCGCAGCGACAGGAGAUGGAAAGAUAUCAAGUGGCGAGAAGGAACCGGAAAACGCCUCUGUCAAAUCUGCCACAGCAGAUUCAAAGACACGUAGUGGAAGAAGGCAACAGACAAACGCCCCCGCCAAAGGGGCAACAGCAGAUGCAAAGACAGCGAGUGGUAAGAAAGAACAGGAAAACGUCUAUGCCAAAGCAGUAAUAGCAGAUGCAAAGACGCCAACUCGUUCCAGGCAGGAACGUGCAACGAACGUUGGCAAAAGCGCCUCUGCUCCGGUCAGGAAGACUCCGCGCCUGGCACAGGCCAACGAGAGACAAGUCGUUGAGACAACCGACCAGACUAUGUCUAAAGGAAAGACCAAAGCACGAUCUGAAGUGGAGGCGGCAGGAACCGAUUCCGCUCGCUCGCGAAGUGCUAAAGUCACCAAGCCAAAGGAAACGAAAACACCGAGUCGAACGAGGGCAGCGAUAAAGGCUGCUACUACACGUGGUGGACGCACUGAUGAUACGGACAGUGUCAGUGAACCGCUUGCAGAGAUCGCGGAAGGGGAUGAAGUGACAGCUCCAACUGCCGCCGAUAGUCGCUCCAAAACCGGAUCAGAGAAUGCUGGAAAAUCGAGCAAGUCCGCUAGUACGGGGCCCAUAACUGCCGCGUCCAGCUCUGCGAGUGUUGAUGGCGGUGCUGCCACGACAUCCUCAACCUCCGAUGUUCAAAUGGAUUCUGCGCGACCGGCAGAUAAGUUACCCAGGGCAGGCACCUCGCCGCUGAAGAGGCCUCGGACCGCUGCUCCGAGCGAUCCUGUGGACGCCGCUGCUUUCGGCACGCCCUCCAAGAAGCAGCGUCUCGGCGCCAUGCCGGCGACCAAGGCGGUGGCAGGACAGGAGGAGGCAGCACCGAGUCCCACUCGGUUCACCGGCAUCCUACCGCGCCCGCCGCUGCCGCCCGCGCCACUCAGCUCAGUCGCUCCGGCGGCGCCGGCGGUGGUGAGGGAACCUCUGCCUCCGGCGGCGGCCACUCCGCAGCGCCGCCGUCUGCCGCGACACGUCACCUCGACUCCGUGCGGUCCUGCGGUGCCGCCCGCGCCGGCCGCCGACUCUGCUCAGACCUGCUACGGCUUCCUGGAGGACAUGGAGGAAGCCGAGGAGGCGGAGGGCAGCGCGCCGCUGGAGGAGGUGGUGUCGCCAGUGGGUGUGCGCCGCGCCCGUCCGCCGCUGCCGGCGCGCUCCCACCGGCUCCGGGACACCACCAACCUGCCCAGCCGGUUCACGGUGGGCCGGCUGACGCGCAAACCGGCCGGCGAGCGCUCAGAGGUGACCACCACGGUGGCGUCGCAGCUCAUGGACCCCGAGAUCACGUUCAGUAAGCCGGCCAGUCGCAGCUACUCGCGGCGGCGCCACCCAUCCGCCAGCGCCGCUGGCCACUCGACCCUGGGUCACAGCACGCUGGGGUCGGAGGCUGGCUCGACAGCCGGCGACUCGACUCGGACCAAACACCGGCGCCACCACAGGGAGCGGGACGAGCAAGUAGAGGCGGAGCUGGACCGCUGGGCCGCGCUGGUCAACAGCCGUAUGAGCGAGGUGGACAGUUUUGAACUGGUGGUGGAGCGUGGCUGAUAUUCGCGCCCAGGUCAGACUGUUACCCGGUACAGACCCGACUAGUGGACUCUGCUCAGCCCCUGAGGUGUGUGUGAGCUCAGUCCCCAGACAAGGAGUACGUUCAGAGAUAGACACUCGUAGCUGUCAGUGACUGUCUCUCUUCACGAACACACUGCACCCAGACUGGUAGUAACAGUGUCUGGGCAGACCCGUGAGACGCCGUGCUGAAGGGUCCCACACUGAGCGGUUCCAGGCGACCGCGCCUGGUGGCUACGUCUGGUAUGUGUAUCAUUCAGGCAGCCGCGGCCUGGUGGUCACGUCUGGUAUGUGUGGCGGUGCGUAUCCGUGUGGUUGCCUUCGAGCUCUGAUAGCGUGACCACAGGGCGAUAGACAGUAAGAGCUGGCACGUGACGAACGUGAUCGGUUCCCAGAAGUCGUGACGGUAGUGGCUCUGUGGCGAGGCGCUCGGCUUGAACGGAUUCAAGUAGUUUUGAAUCCAGAAGCAAUGGUGGCUGCUGCUACAAGAUGGUAUGAACGCAGAAAGGCGUUCCUCAUUCACUCGAGCUCGGCAAACUAGAAGCAGACAAAACUAGAGAUUUCGUACACUGAGAUUAGGAAGUUGCUGUGAGAUUUUACACUCCCUUGUGGAAUUUAUCCCUUUCACGUCACCUUCAUCGUUAGGUACCUAUUUGCUAUGUUCUGAUGUACAUUCUCCGGCGGCUGCUACAAUUCAUUCAUGAUCACAAACUUCACUGUGUUCUUGGUCACAGGAGUGGUACAGCUCCUCCUCAUUCUGUGCUCUGUGGCCAAUCUUUGUGGCCCCUAUUUACGAUUUUAAAUGAUGUGAAUGUCUUAGUUGCCUGGUGCCGUUUUAGUCGACUUUUGAAACCUUAUUGCUUUGACGCGGUCGCUGGGGCCAUGGAUGUGUUUUUCCAUGUGCUGGCUGGCACGUUCCUGUAUGUUGCGGGCGUGGGCGCUUCGUAGGGAAUAGUUACGUUGAGUAUCUGCUUCUCUUUCCUGUCUACUUAUUACGUACGUAAAGCCAUUUAGCUGGGACCGGAUUGCCAUGGGCUUGUACAAAUGGCUGGUUUUGCCGGCUCCUUUUCUAACCCGCAAUUGCUACUUACAAACACGACCAUUGUCAAUGCGACAUUACUCGCCGCGGAUGUUUUACAGUUUUGUUCUUUCUAUUGUGCCACUUUGAUAAUAGUUGUAUACUGUGCUUCUAGCCGCUAGGCAUCAGCACCGUGUAUGCUUCGAGUGCAGGAUGCUGUAUUUGAUAGUAUUUACGUCACCCUGUUGUACAAAGGAGAAUACAUUCACAGGCUUUAGGAGA